AUGCAGCAGACGAGAACAGUUGAGGUGAAGAGAGUAUCAGAUCUAGCGACGGCGAGAGAGAUUCACGAGUUCUUUUCGUUUUCUGGUGAAAUUGAACAUAUUGAGAUCCGAAGAGAGCCAGGGCAGCCAAAGACCGCAUUUGUUACGUUUAAAGACCCGAAGGCGCUUGAAAUUGCUUUGCUGUUAUCGGGGGCAACCAUAGUGGACCAGGUUGUUAUCAUAACACCAGCAGCAGAUUAUGUACCCCAACCUGAGAUUCGGGAAGUAAGGAUUGUUGACAAUGCAUUAAGCAUGUCUCAGGAGAAUCCUUCUACAGUUUCUGAGGGAAAAAUGAGUCCAAAUAACGGAAGAGUGUAUGUUGGUAAAGCACAGGAUGUUGUUUCGAGCGUUCUUGCAAAAGGUUCAGCGAUUAGACAAGAUGCUGUAAAUAAGGCCAAAGCUUUUGAUGAAAAGCAUAGGUUGACGGCCAACGCAUCUGCGAGAGUGAUUUCCCUUGACCGGAGAGUUGGUCUGUCAGAAAAACUCACAGUUGGAAUCUCAGUUGUCAACGAGAAAGUGAAAUCUGUUGACCAAAAGUUUCAAGUGUCUGAUAAAACCAUGUCUGCUCUUAUGGCAGCAGAAAGGAAGAUAAAUAAUACUGGAUCAGCUGUUAAAUCAAGCAGGUACGUGACAGCUGGAACAACUUGGCUCAAUGGUGCCUUCAGCAAGGUAGCAAAAGCUGGGCAGGUAGCUGGUACAAAAACUAGAGACAAAUGGAAUUUAGCAUUAUCUAACUUGACAGCUAAGGAUCCUCCUAUUGCAGCCUAA